GCCUCCAUAACAGGAAGAGCAGAGCACGGCGCUGGUGAUGGCAGCGUCUGGGAAAGUGGCUUCUUUCCGCCUGCCUCCUCUCCCCACCAUAGGAGAAAUCAUAAAGCUGUACAACCUGAGAGCAGAGAGGCAGCUCUCACAGAACUUCCUCCUUGACUUGAGGCUCACAGAUAAAAUAAUCCGUCAGGCAGGAAACCUGAAGAACGCAUGCGUGUGUGAAGUGGGGCCUGGCCCUGGAGGACUCACCAGAUCCAUCCUCAAUGCUGGAGCGGCUGAUUUGCUGGUUGUUGAGAAGGACAAACGCUUUAUACCUGGAUUAGAGCUCUUGUCUGAGGCUGCCCCAGGCAGGGUCAGGAUAGUCCAUGGCGAUAUUCUCACAUACAGAAUGGACCAAAGCUUCCCAGCACACACAGCCAAGAAAUGGGAAGAUGAGCCUCCUGAUCUGCACAUCAUUGGAAACCUUCCCUUCAGUGUCUCAACUCCACUCAUCAUUACGUGGCUGGAGCAAAUGGCUAACAGAAGUGGGCCGUUCGUGUUUGGACGCACGAGGCUCACACUCACCUUCCAGAAAGAAGUAGCAGAGAGAUUAACAGCCAGUACUGGGAGCAGACAGCGCAGCCGCCUCUCCGUCAUGGCCCAGUAUCUCAGCACUGUUAAAAACUGCUUCACCAUCCCCGGGCGCGCCUUUGUACCCAAACCAGAUGUGGAUGUGGGGGUGGUACACUUCACUCCUCUGGCUCAGCCCCAGAUCCAGCAGCCCUUUAAGCUUGUGCAGAAAUUGGUCAGGAACGUCUUCCAGUUCCGGGGGAAACAUUGCCACAGAGGACUUGAGAUGCUGUUCCCCGAGGCCAAGCGGCUCGAGCUGGCUGAGGAGCUUCUACGCAGCGCCGAUGUUGACCCCACUCUCCGGCCUGUGCAGCUCUCCAUGGCCCACUUCCGGGCCCUAGCGGACGCCUAUGGCAGGCUGUGCAGGGAAAACCAUGAACUGAUCGGCUACGACUUCAGAGAAGAGCUGAGACAAAAGCAUCAGCGCCAGAGACGCAGCAGCAAAAGCAAAGAGCCUCACCCUCACCACCCGAUAAAGAAAGAGAAAUGUUAAUGGCCAAUGUUCGCACGGGGAGACAACGGACUGCUCUUAGUGGUGACAUUUUCACUGGGGCACGAGCAUGAAUUUUUUACACCAUUCCUUCCCGUCUCUCCUGGAUGGGAGAGCGUGGCAAAUGGCCAGCUGAAGUGUAACUGUGGCAGGAACAAGGGAAUGAGUUACAGUGGCCUUGGCUUGGUUAGAGAUGUUCUGGGUUGUAUUAGGCAAACAGCAUCAUUGCUAAGACUUAUCGUGUUAAGUCUGUAGUUCAAGAAAUGCAGAUUGAAAUGUAAAAAAAAAGCAUAAAUAAAUAACAAGCUUUGAAAACAGGGCGAUAACAGAAGGGCCUUUAUGAGCCAGGAGUCUGACCAAAGAGAAUCUGUGGACAGCUUGGACAGAAAAAAUAAAGUGUUUCUGUAAUUCGGGUCAUCGUUCCCUUUUAUGCAUGGCGUUCACUAGGGAGGUUAGUGCUGAACAGAAAAGGUGACAUACUCUGAAAUGCUGUCAUAUUCUAAAGCUAUAGUAAUGCUUUAAUCACUUCACAGCAAAAAGUGGUUCCAUUAUGUCAAGGUUCUCAGAGAAAAAUGUUCACUAGCUGUCAAAGACUUGAGAGAAAACUGUUGAGGCAACCGAAGCGCAUAAAUAAAAUACAUUUAUAUUCUUUUGAUGGUAAAUGUUCAUGUUUAUGGGUUAAAAAGCAGAAAUAUAAAAAAUGAAUCUUUGCUCAGUCUCAGUUCUGUUAUUGAUUGUGGUUCUUCAUCCUUCUUAGACAGGCCUUAAUAUCCAUGAAGUAAAUAAGAGAUUAAAACAUCA